ACAACAAUAACAACAACAAAAACAAACACUAGUGAUUGAUCUUGAGAUUAUUGUGUUUGAUAAGCAGCAUGGCCAUGAGCGAAGACGCGGAGAACGGAGUGGCGGCAUGGCAGGGGUUGCUGGUGGACAUCGAUGAGACGUCGAGAGCGUCGGAGGAGUUGCUCGGGUGGGAGCCUGUGCCGUGGAACACCAAGUGGCGUUUGGCCGUGUGGGAGUCCAAGAACCUCGGCAUGUUGUCUUGGGCCACGGUUGUGAUCACUGUAUUCAAUUUUAUGCUGAGUCUUAUCACGCAGAUGUUUGUGGGUCAUUUUGGUGCUCUUGCGCUUGCUGGUGCUUCCGUCGCUAAUGUUGGCAUUCAAGGCCUUGCUUAUGGCAUUAUGUUGGGAAUGGCAAGUGCAGUUCAGACUGUAUGUGGACAAGCUUACGGGGCCAAAAAAUACAAAGCGAUGGGCAUUGUAUGCCAAAGAGCUCUAAUCCUUCACUUCAUUGCAGCAGCAAUUUUAAGCAUCUUGUAUUGGUACUCUGGUGCAUUUCUUCGUGCUAUCAAGCAAUCGGCCGACAUCGCCGCCAUCGGUCAAAUUUAUGCCCGUGGCCUCAUACCGCAACUCCUCGCUUUUGCUCUCUACUGCCCUAUGCAAAGGUUCUUGCAAGCACAAAACAUUGUGAACCCAAUUGCUUACAUUUCAGUGGCAGUGUUCCUUUUCCAUGUUCUUCUUUCAUGGCUUGUGGUGUUUGUUUUCAAGCUUGGAAUACUUGCUGCAGCUCUCUCACUUAGUUUUUCUUGGUGGGUCCUUGUGAUCAUCACUUGGGUUUACAUUUUGUUUAGCCCUCGUUGUAAGCAGACUUGGACUGGCCUUUCUAUUAAGGCUCUCAGGGGCUUGUGGGCUUAUUGCAAGCUCACUGUUUCAUCAGCAAUCAUGCUAUGUUUGGAGGUGUGGUAUGCGCAAGGAAUUGUUCUUUUGUCUGGUUUUCUUCCAAACCCUGUGAUCUCACUUGAUGCUAUUUCUAUAUGUGCCAACUAUUGGAAUUGGGACUUCAUGAUCCUGCUGGGAAUCAGCAAUGCAGCAAGUGUGAGAGUGAGUAAUGAGCUUGGUGCAGCUCAUCCAAGGGUGGCAAAGUUCUCAGUAAUAGUAGUGGUAACAAUGUGUGUGAUACUUAGCCUCUUCAUCAGCAUCAUUGUUCUCUUGCUCAGAGUCCCUCUCAGCAAGCUUUACACUAGCAGUGAAGCAGUCGUUGAGGCUGUCUCAAACCUUACUCCUUUGCUUUCCAUCUCCAUCUUCCUCAAUGGCAUUCAACCCAUUCUCUCGGGUGUUGCAAUUGGGAGUGGAUGGCAAGCCAUUGUGGCAUAUGUUAAUGUUGGAGCUUACUACAUAAUUGGCUUGCCAAUUGGUUGUGUUCUUGCCUUCAAAACAAACUUAGCUGUUGCUGGCAUUUGGUGGGGAUUAAUUAUUGGAGUUUUUGUUCAAACAGUCACCCUUGCAAUCUUGACUGCAAGAACCAAUUGGAACUUGGAGGUUGACAAAGCAAUUAGAAGGUUGAAAGAGGCUGCAGAAGAGGAUUCUCUUGCCCUUGCAAAUUUGGAGGAAUGAUCAUUUUUAUGUUUUUAAAAGUUUUUUUAGCUAUUCUGCUUCAUAAAAGAGUCCUCUUUGUCAUCGGCUAACAUUUUUAGAACCAUAUAGUGCUUGUUUUUAUGCAAUUUAUAUUUUGGGAAAUAAUUUUUCAUUAUAUAUAAUGUUUGAAGGUUAGUUUCUCUAAAAAAUUAUUUUA